GCUUGCAUUCUAGGAAGCUCCCCACUAUGCUACUAAGCAGCCAUGUUCUUCGAGCUGCUGUUUACUUUGUUAUUGGGCUUACCGUGGCUGAGAUAUACACCAAAGACCAGACCAACGCGAAUAUUAAGAAUAAGGCUUCCAUCGAGGUCAAGCCGACGAGGAGCAAUACAUUCUACGUUGUUUCCGUGCAGAUUGGCAGCUCGACCUUGAAUCUGAGUGUGGACACAGGCUCUUCAGAUCUAUGGGUAUUCCCAUCUACCCUCUCCACGAACAAAACCACAGGACAUAACACCUACACCCCUUCAACCCACGCCAUCCCUCUCGACGGCUACAACUUCAGCUCAUCCUACGCCGAAGGCACCACAGUCACCGGCAAUGUGGUUCAAGACUACGUCAGUCUCGGCGGCCUGGAGACUUAUUCCCAAUCCAUCGAGACCGCAUCAGACAUACCCGCUUCAUUCGUCAACGAAACCAGCCGAGAUGGUAUUCUAGGCCUUGGAUUCGGGAGCAUCAACACCGUGCGACCGAGACCACAGAAGACGUUUUUCGAGAUGGUGGUAGAGCAGCUUGAACAGCCCGUAUAUGCGGCCUUGCUGAAGGAUGGUGCGGUGGGGAGUCUUGAUUUUGGAUUCGUUGAUCAUGCGAAAUACAAGGGGGAGGAGCUUGGGUAUAUGUCAGUGGAUAGCUCGGAUGGAUUGUGGGCUAUUCGUCUAGAUGGGUACAGGGUUGGGGAGUCACCUAGAAGAUCAUUUGAGGUUGAAAAAGCUGCAGUCGAUACAGGGACAUCGAUUUUGAUGCUACCGGAUGAGAUUGUUCAGGAUUAUUACACUGAAAUACCGUCUGCCAUGAAUAGUUCGUCUAUGAAUGGAUAUAUAUUCAACUGUGAUGAAGAGAUGCCGGAUUUCUCAAUUCAUAUUGGAGAUUACACGGCUACGAUUCCUAGCAAAUUUAUGAAAUAUUCGGAUGUGGGAAUGGUAGAUGGCCGGGACAAGUGUUACGGGAGUUUGCAGCGCCAGAAUACUCUAGCUUUCUCGGUUUUGGGGCAUCCGUUUUUGAAAAGUCAGUAUGUUGUGUUUGAUAUGGGCAAGAUGAGACUGGGGUUGGGCGAGCAGUCGUGA